UUCAUUUAAACUGACUUGUUUUUAUCGACUACCCAGCAGCCUGAGUCAAAUCCCUCGAAAUGUAUAUCCCAAAAUGAAGCCGAUUCUAGCGUAUACCGUACUAACGAUGAUCCUCCGGAUAAGCAGUGCCCGUUCGAUGAGCUUUGACCUGCCCUUGUAUGGAUUCGACUCCUACCUGGACAACCCCAGCGAUGACAUGUCACCCGAGGAGGCUAACUGCGAUCCGGAGGGCGGCGCUUCGGUUACAAUGGAACCCCCACAUGGCCAUGGAUCGCCCUACCAGACCAGUCCAUCGUGCGACAGUCAUCGGGAUAAGGAUAACUGCGACGCUAAUGAAAUCGAGAUGAGCAUGACUAGGAUGAAGGCCACCCACAUAGCUCAGAAUGCCGCCCAGGUGGCCAAGGCCGCCAACGAUGCUCAGGCGGCGGCCGCCCAGAAUGCAUCGCGCCAGGUGAAAAUGCAAUUGGCCGACAAGGCGAUGGCCGCCGCUCGGGCCGCCGAUGCCGUUUUGGAAGGUAAACAAAAUAUUGUGGAUAACUACGCAAGGGAAAUCCGGGAGUCCGAGGCGGUUGUGGCACAGGUGAGCUCAUCCCUGGACUCCAGUGAAGCGGAUGUGGAUUGCGCUUGUGCCGCGGCCAAGGCGGCUGAGGCUCAAGCCGCCUCUUUCAGGAUCUUGGUGGAGCACACCAAGGCAACUUUGACGGACAUAGAAGGCCUGAUCGAGCAGACCAACGAUGACCUGGAUGAAAAAACCCAAAUGUUGACGGCGGCCAAGGCGCGUGGUGAUCGAUUGGCCCGCCAGGUGGCGCAGGCCAGGUUGGAAUACGAGCAGGUGAGGGAGGCGGCCUGUCGAGCCGCUUCCGCCGCUGUGGAAGCCAAACAAAAGGCUUCUGCCAACAAUUGCAUGCCCCUGGGAGGCGUUGGUCCACCUCCACCGUCUGCUCCUCCGCCCCCUCAGAGGCCGGGUGGAUGCGGCGUCUCCUCCGAGAGGGGCACCUGCAACGCCCUCCUGGAUCUCUACAGGCAGCGCCGCAGGCAACAACUUCGGCAGCGACGGGACAAGAUCCGAAAGCGGGGGAUUCGGGGGCAAGGACAAUCCAAAUACAAGGAUUACCAUUACUCUAUAUUUUGAUACAGAUUGUUUAUUGUACGACUAUAGAUUGUAUUUUGUAUUUACUUAAAGUUUCGAAAUCAUAUUUUGGAAUAUACAUAGUCUGCCUUUGGAGAUUAAUUUUCCUUCUUCAUUUAAA